AUGGAUCAAAUUGCUCCCUGCAUUCAUGAUGAGCUUGCCUUGUUUGUUAAGAAUUAUAGAAGGGUUGUCAAAGAUAAAACCAAAGUCACUAGGAAUUGUCAGAAUCUUCCUAGUUCGUCUACAUGUGUGUCUCAAGACAAUGUUUUUAAAGAGAUGAAUGUUUUGGACUCUUAUGGCUUUAGGGAGGACAAAAGUUUGAAAGGUCUUGUAAAGUGCUAUCUAUGUGGUGGUGCUGGUCACAUUGAUGUGGAAUGUGCAAAUAACCACAAGAUAAAGUUUAAUGGGAGAGAAGAGUCAAUUAGUGCACAAUGGAGUGAUAAUGGUAGUGAUGAUUCCAAUAACUAUAUCACUUCAUCUUAUGAAGAGGCAAAUAAUUUUGCCCUUGUUGGUUCUGUCCAUAACUCUAGCCUUGCUAGAGUUCAUGUAGUUAAGGAAGAAUCUGUGUCGAGAGAUGAUAUGCAAGAUGACCAGUCAUAUAGAGAACAAGAUGACCAGUCAUACAAGGAACAAGAUGACCAGUCAUACAAGGAACAAGAUGACCAGUCAUACAGGGAACUAUGUGAAAAGUAUGAUAUGCUUUUCAAUGAAACCUGUAAUUUCAAAGAACAUAAUCUCAUGAUGGAAGAAAAGGUCAAGGAACUUGAUGAACUGAAUGAAACUCUCAAAAUGGCCAAAAAGAAGUUGAGUGAUAGCUUGUAUGAGAAUGAAGUUGACAUGCAUGAAUUGUAUCAUAAAGUUAGCACUCUUGAAAAAGAAAAUUCUGAUUUGAUUAAGAAGUUGAAUGUACUUGAAAAUGACAAAUCCUUGUUUCUUCAUAGACUGAUUUUAUUUGAGUUUGAAAAGUCCUUAGUUGAGCAUGAAAAUGUAGUCGUGCAUGAUAAGUUUGUGCUUGAAAAUUCUGAUUUGCAAUGCAUGUUAUUUGAGAAAGACAUUGAGGUUCAAAACUUGUUUGAGAUGAUAAAAUCACUUGAAAACAACUUGGUUAAACAAUCUGAAUCUUUUGAUGCUUUACAAUUUAAAAAUAUAAGAUUGGAACAUGAACUUAAGUUGGAAAAAGAAAAGAUUCAAGGUUUAACCAUUGGUGCUGGAAGGAUUGAUAAAAUGCUCAAUUUUGGAAAAUUGUUCGGUGAUAACAGAGGUUUAGGAUAUAUAAAUGAGUCUUCUACACCUUCAUCAUUUGAGACAAUCUUUGUCAAAGAUGUGUCAACUCAAGAAGCUCCAAAAUUUGUUCAUGAUCUCAACUUGGGUUUUGCGACUCGUGCAAACUAUGUCUGUCCAAGUUGGUUCAGCAGCAAACCACAAAAUGCUAAGCCAGAUGAAAUUGCUCGUAGGACAGCAAAUUUUCACCCAAGCAUUUGGGGAGAUCAGUUCAUCAAUUAUGAUGAUUCACAAGACAUGGUAUGUAAUGGAUAUCAUGCAUGCACAUUCAUGCUCAUAAGCAAGGGCAGGAGGGAAGUAUUCACAACUACUGCAGGUGAUCUUUCACAUCAGCUCAAGCUAAUCGAUGCAAUCCAGCGCCUUGGCGUGGCAUACCAUUUCGAAACAGAAAUAGAAGAAGCACUGGAACGCAUACUUCAUGACCAUGACAGUGAUGAUGAUGGUGAUCUAUACCAUGUUGCUCUUUGUUUUCGACUACUCAGACAACAUGGACAUAAUGUUUCAUGUGAUAUAUUCAACAAGUUCAAAGAUGAAAAUGGUAGCUUCAAGGAAAGCUUAAUUGCUGAUGUGUCUGGCAUGCUAAGCUUUUAUGAAGCAACACAUCUGAGGGUGCAUGGAGAAGAUAUACUAGAAGAGGCUCUUGCUUUCACCACCACUCACCUUGAGUCCGCAACAACCCGUGUAAGCAAUCCAUUGGCUGCACAAAUAACUCAGGCCUUAGAGAGACCUCUGAGAAAAAGUCUAGAGAGAUUAGGUGCCAGGCGUUACAUGUCGAUCUACCAAGACGAAGCUUCACAUAAUGAGUGCUUGUUGAAACUUGCAAAGUUAGAUUUCAAUCUUGUUCAGCCUUUACACAAAAAGGAGCUACAAGAGAUUACUAGGUGGUGGAGAGCACUAGACUUUGAAAGGAAGCUGCCAUUUGCAAGAGAUAGGAUGGUGGAGUUGUACUUUUGGAUAGUGGGAGUGUAUUUUGAGCCUCAGUAUUCUGUGGGGAGAAAAAUUAUGACGAAAGUGAGUGUCUUGCUAACGAUAUUGGAUGAUAUCUACGAUGCAUUUGGCACAUUUGAAGAACUAGUGAUCUUUACUGAAGCAAUUGACAGGUGGGAUCUCAAUUGCAGUAAUGAACUCCCUGACUACAUGAAAAUAUUUUACCAGGCACUCUUGAAUCUUUUCAAUGAAAUUGAGGAGGAGAUGGUCAAGGAAGGAAGAUCAUACCGAGUUCCUUAUGCAAUACAAGCUAUGAAAGAUCAAGCUCGAUCCUAUUUCAAUGAGGCCCGGUGGCUCCACGAAGGCCGAAUUCCAAGCAUGGAGGAGUAUAUGAGUGUUGCAACGGUUUCUAUAAGUUACACCUUCCUUACAACCAUCUCUUUACUUGGCAUGGGAGAUAUUGUAACGAAGGAGUCAUUUGAGUGGUUGCUCAAUGACCCCAAAAUUGUCAGAGCUGCAAACACUAUUUUCAGGCUCAUGGAUGACAUUGUUUCGACCAACGUGCUAAAAUAUGAAUAUGCUUUGGUUAAGAUAUUUGCCAACUGA